AUGGCCGCGACAAGAUCGUCUAAGAAAACGAAGAUCAAGACCGCUCGGACGAAGCUGAAAGCACCCGAUUGUGAAUUAGAAGACGUGAAUAAGCCGAGAUCGACCAUUGCCCAAGACAUGAUCGAGCAGGCUCACUAUCGGAAGAUCCUCAGCGAGACACUGCUGCAGGACCCUGUCAUCGCGAUCGUACAGGUCCGCCAGAUCGGCGAUCUGACAGGACCGAUAUCCAAGUCCAACACCAGCACAGAUAGGCUGAAUGCGACUCCGGAGAAGCCCGAUCGGCAGGAAAAGCGCCAGGUCUCGGCAGGACGAACCACUCCGACGACCAAUUCGACCGGAUCUAGCAACAAACUGGACGAAUACUUCCAGAUGGCGAUGAAUCGAUUCCUGAAGGAACAAAGCCUGGUGACGGUGCAACCACCACCUCUCAGAACGCAGGGUAUCGACAUGGAGUCAGUCGCCACCCCAGAUCCAGACUCCUGGGAGUACGAUCCCGACGAUCUCGGGAUUCCAAGCUCCUUUGGUCAUACUUCCGGCCGACCCGCGGUCGCUUCGGCAACGAUCGGCCCUGGAGGGCCAUCGCUGAUCCAGAGGGUGCGAAUUUCGCCCACCUCGGAUCUGAAAGAAUUUACCCGGAAGGAUAUGGACGAAGAUCGCACCAGAGCUUGGAUCGGCAAGGUGAAAUCGGCGUUCCAACGAGAUCAAGCAACAGAAGAGGAGAAAUGCCUCACGUUCGCGGAUCUGAUGGUAAUGUCAGCCAAGAACUGGCACCGACAGCUGAGUCGGACUACCAAGACCAAAUGGACGGAUUUACUCGAAAGUUUCCAGACCCAAUACUGCGGUCUGGGAUCAAUCAAGAGAGAGAGAGCGAUCCUGUUCCUAGAUACUGGCACUGAGAGACAGGAAUGUAUGGGAAUCGGUGACAACGUGUACACUACGGAAGGAAGAACCAGUAUCAAGAUCACGUUAGCAGGAUAUCUGGUGUAUUUUUUCGACAUCUGGAUCGGAGAUCUCUCAGGACAGAACGCGAUCCUAGGCAUGGAUUUCAUGGUCCCAGCCGGUGUGCGAAUGGACCUCGCCGACGGAUCGAUGCGUCUACCUGACGAAUUAGGAAUAUCGCUUAAUGGUCGUAAGAGACUGUAUGGCGAAAAGAUGAGAUCAGUGAUUCUCGAAAGAAGUCUACGAAUCCCGGUCGGUCGGUCGGAGGAAACGGCGGCGAGGAUUAAAUUGUCGGCCACCGAGAAACUGUGGGUGACCAGAGGAGUACGAUGGGUACCGACAGUAACGGAAGGCCCCGGUCGGAUCCACUACCUGGUGAUCUCGAACAUUGGAGAAGAGAUCCUACGGUUGGACCACCGUCUGGACGUUGAAUCUCAAUCGAGGGCAGGAAUUGCCAACGCAGCCCAGAUCGAGGCAGAAUUACUCGAUCCGGAAGGGGGCCAUCCAUCUACGCCACCAAGAAAUCCCAACGCCGAUCGAUACCGGAGCGGCGAUGCUGGGGGCGGCAGGACACGUGAGAGCAUGCCGGACCAGGCUACCUAUCCGACGGACACCAAGGAUAUCAAGACGGGAAAUCGGAUUGGCACCAAGGAUAUCGAGCCGAAAACGGGAAAUCCGAACUGUCAAACCCAGAUCAAACUCGAUCCCGGCGAUGGAUUCGACGUAAAAUCCCCGAUCCACCCGACCGAGGGCGUCGGACUACGAGAUCCGCUGGUGGAAGGAGCAGCUGCGACCACCCCACAGAAUACCGAGGACGAUGAUGAUAUAUAUUACCAUGAGAGUGGUCGCAUCGAGGAUUUGCAGGUAGGAGACCCCGGAUCGGCCACAUCCGAGGAGAUCGAGAGGCUCCGGCAGAUCAUUUGGAAGAAGCGACACCUCCUGAGCGGCAAAGGGAACGCCCUACCUCCGGCGGCCAAGGGCGUCGUGUGUGACAUCGAUGUCGGAAAUGCAAAACCGAUCGCACUGCGAACCCGGAAAGUGUCCACGCGAUUUCGAGAAAAAGUCGUAGGCCUGAUCAAGAGCCUCCUGGCAGCCGAAAUCAUCCGACCCUCGACAUCGCCAUGGGCCUCACUGAUCGUGAUUGUUCGCAAGAGUAACGGCGUGGAUAUCAGGUUGUGCAUCGAUUACAAGCUGAUAAACAGCCUCACGAUGUUGAUGGUCUAUCCGAUGCCCCUGAUCAGCGACCUGCUAGAGAACCUUGAUAAGGCAUUAUGGUAUUGCUCGCUGGAUAUGGCAAGCGACUUCUGGAUCGUACCCAUGACGGAUCGGGCUCGCGAGAUCUCAGUGUUUAUCACCCCGUUUGGAUUAUUCGAAUGGAGUCGCAAGGCUUUUAGCCUAAAGAAUGCCCCGCAGAUCUAUCAACGCCUCGUAGACAACGCGCUGUAUGGAGUUUUGAAGAUCUCGCAAUCCGGCGCCGCUGGGGCUACGACGGACGUGUUCCAGACAGGAAUUGCGGACAAUCCUGAUCGGGGAUCAGUGUUGGGACGAAGAUCAUACAUUGACGACAUCAUGAUCGCAGCAGAAUCGUGGGAUCAAAUGUGCCAAAGGGUGGAAGAUCUGUUGGAGGCUUGUGAUAAGUGGAAUUUAUCGAUCAGUGUGGCGAAGAGCUUCUGGGGUAUGGAUAAGGUAGGAUAUCUGGGACACCGAGUGUCGAUCGGAGGUCUAGAGGCGAACCCAAAAGAUCUGAAAUCCCUUACCGUUCUGCCAUUCCCCGGGUCACUUCGAUCCAUGCAGUCGUUCCUGGGUAGUUUGAAUUACUACAGCCAAUUUAUUGAAGACUACGCUAUCUACGCGUCGGUGCUAUAUGAACUAAGCGAGGUGGAAUGUGCAGAACUGGAGAAACGAUCGGAUCUGAGGAAUAUCAUGGAACAGAACGACCCGAUUGCUCGAGAUCACGGCCCACCGGAACUGCAGUUGGCGGAACCAUUGGAUGAGAGGUGGAUCAGGGCGCGUAGGGCCUUCACCACCCUGAAAACCAAGAUUGCGACUACCCCAAUUCUCCACCACUUCGGCGAGACGAGAAGGCCGGUAGUUAUCGUAUAUACCAGUGAUUGGGCGAUAUCCGCUUCGUUGACGCAAGAACAAGACGGGAUCUACCAUCCGGUUGCGUUCGCCAGCCGCACCUUGAAGACGAACGAGUUGAAUUACAAUGUGACCGAAAAGGAGGUGUUGGUAUUGCUGAGGAUCUUGGAUCUCUACUACAAUUUACUAUUUGGACGCGAGAUCCGGGUCCUAACGAGGCAUUCCACGUUAGCCUGA